UAGGUAAAUAGUUACUGCUCCGAAUAUCUCUCACUUUCUCUUAUUUCACUCUCAAUUCACAUCGGCGAUUCCACAGCUUCACUUAAACUACACGCAAAAAAAAGCAGUUAAGUUUUCCACAAUUUUUGAAGCGAUUCAGAUUUCCUCAAGAUGCCAAGUAUUAAACCAAAUAUUCCAUCAGAAAAAGACUCAGAGCUAUUUGUUGAAACUGAUCCAACAGGAAGAUAUGGAAGAUACAACGAACUUCUUGGAUCAGGUUCAUGUAAAAAAGUGUACAGAGCAUUUGAUCAAAAAGAAGGAAUAGAAGUUGCUUGGAAUCAAGUUAAACUAAGAAACUUCACUAAUGACCCUGCAAUGGUUGGAAGACUUUACUCUGAAGUUAGAUUACUUAAAAGUAUGAAAAACAAAAACAUCAUUGCUCUUUAUAAUUUUUGGAGGGAUGAAGAACAUAACACACUCAAUUUCAUCACUGAGGUUUGUACUAGUGGAAAUUUGAGAGAGUAUAGAAAGAAACAUAAGCAUGUUAAUAUCAAGGCUUUGAAGAAGUGGUCUAAGCAGAUUUUGGAAGGGUUGAAUUAUUUGCAUAUGCAUGAUCCUUGUAUCAUUCAUAGAGACCUCAAUUGUAGCAAUGUCUUUGUCAAUGGAAACACUGGCCAGGUUAAGAUUGGUGACUUAGGUUUGGCAGCAAUUGUGGGAAAGAACCAUUCAGCACAUUCAGUUUUAGGGACACCAGAAUUUAUGGCACCUGAAUUAUAUGAAGAGAACUACAAUGAAAUGGUGGACAUAUACUCAUUUGGAAUGUGUGUGUUAGAGAUGGUGACAUUAGAGAUUCCUUAUAAUGAAUGUGACAAUGUUGUAAAAAUAUACAAGAAAGUUUCUUCAGGUGUAAGGCCUCAAUCAUUGGACAAGAUUAAAGAUCCAGAGGUUAAAGCUUUCAUUGAAAAGUGUCUUGCACAACCAAGGGCUAGACCUUCUGCUAAAGAAUUGCUCAAAGAUCCUUUCUUUGAUGUGUUAGAUGAUGAUGAAAAUGAUGACAUUGUUGAGUUACUUAUUUAUUGAAUCAAAAUUGUGUUUAGGUUGAUUAUAUCAUGUUGAUACAUUUUAUUUUUUCUGGUAAGAUUUGAUUUUCCACAUUUUUUGGAUGGUAAAUCAAAUUAGGGUAGGAUUUGAUGACUAUGAAAUUUGAUAAAGGUACAUACAUUUUUCUUUUA